GUACAGUCAGCCACUGCAUGCGGCAAGCAAGAGCUCAUCCGACAGCAAGAUAUGUACGUACAAACGAGAAAGGAACUGUUCGUUCCGCAGACCGUCUUAAAGCGCGUAACGUACGUACAGCCACCACGAAACCUAAUUAAACACUCUCACCCCCACUAGCUGUGGCCGCCAGCCAGCCAGCCAGCACCACACAAACAUCCAUUUAUCCCGAUUCCUGGAGACAGUGCGAGACAAUUGUGAGAAUCAGACAGACGAAUAUAAAAUGUAGGCAACGAUGCACUCUACCCUUGCUCCCCCACUGUGGCCGCCAGCCAGCACCACACAAACAUCCAUCCACAUCCCACUGAUCCACCCAUCCAUCCACCACACCAGACAACACACAUAGAGGGAGGGAGGGAGGGACAGAUGAGCGAGGGAGGCCUUGUCUGUGGUCUGUUUGUGGGUGCGUGUGGUGCUUCCUUCCUUGGCUCCUACCUACCUUGUCACGAGCACCGUCUCCCAGAGGAGUGAGGAACUCGGUGCCUUCUGCUCCGCUCGAAGGGUGCGGCCUCCCCUCGCCAGAUGCCCGAGGUGCUCUGUGCCCUUGUCUGCACAGACACAAGAAUCAACAAAGGGGCAGAGCAGUGAGCGGUGGUGGACUUCUCCCGCCUCCACCUGUCUGUCUGUCUGUCUGUCUGAAUAAGUUGGCAUCAGUCAAACGUACCGCUGAGCCGGGGAGUGUACGUCUCGAAGCGCCGGAUGAGUGAGUCCUUCCGCUGGGUGUACGAUUGACCGCCUGUUUGACAGACAGAGAACGAUGCAGUCAGUUUGUUAUCGGAGGUUAUGGUGAGCUAUCGGAGGUUAUGGUGAGCGUUGAGGCCCUCCCCUUGGCCGCCGUCGGCAACAGUCCACAUCCCACUGAUCCAUCCAUCCAUCACACCAGACAGACAACACACAUAGAGGGAGGGAGGGACAGAUGAGCGACGCCGUGUCUGUGGUCUGUUUGUGGGUGCGUGUGGUGCUUCCUUCUCUGGCUCCUACCUACCUUGUCACGAGUACUGUCUCCAACAGUAAUGAGGACCUCGGUGCCUUGUGGUCAGCUCUCGUGGCGCGGCCGCCCCUCGCCAACCGACCGAGGUUCUCAGUGCCUUUAUCUGCACACACACAAGAAUCAACAAGGCAGAGCAGUGAGCGGUGGUGGACUUCUCCCGCCUCCAGCUGUCUGUCUGUCUGUCUGUCUGCGUCAGUUGGCAUCAGUCAAACGUACCCCUGAGCUUCGGCGCGUAGGCCUCGAAUCGGUGAAUGAGGGACUCCUUCCGCAGCCGAUAGGACACACCGCCUGAUCGACAGACAGAGAAGAGAAGGAGUCCAACCAAGGAUGCAGUCGGUGUGUGCGUCGUCUGUCGCCCUGUGCUGUGCUGCAUUGCAGUGUCGCGUGGCUCGGCUUCUUACUCUUGAGCAAGAACUUGACCAGCGGACGCACCCUGAGGACCCUCUGUAGUAGCACCGACACAUAGCAGCUCUGUGUCAUGAUGUUCUGAAACACCACAUGCCUAAACCACUGCAACCCACGCAUAGCAUACAGCCACAACAGCACCAUAUAGCAGUGCACAAUGCAUGCCGAGAGACGAGAAAUAGUCGCUCACCUUUUGGAGCCACUGCUCGCCGCAGGGCAGCGGGCUCUCGGCAGUGGAUGGUGGUGGCUGUUGUAGAUGUGCCCGUAGAAAGGGUGGCGUGUGAGAAAAACAGAGAGCUGGCUGACG